UUAAUAUCAGGUUAAUACAUGGUAACUGCUUACUUGUGUCUUUCGUUCUUAAAGAAGUCAGUCACAUUUCUCAUUAUUGAAACAAGACUUUAAUAAAAAAUUACUUUUGGAAUUAAUGAAAUAUGCCACCACACAGUGAAUUAUAUGAUCUUGUACACUCCACACAAGGUAUAAGGCUGCUGAAUUGGGAUAAUUCACCAGAGGACGACAUGACAGUGUCAUCGUCGAAUCCCGACGACUCUCCCCCUCCUAGAGAAGCAAUGCCGGCAACAAAUGAUCCAGAAAUUCUGAGGUUAUACCAGAUCAUUGAGUUUGUAAGAGAUACAUAUCUCAUGCAUGCUGAUUACUCAACGGAAAGUGAGACAAGCAGAACCUACACCAGGCCCUUCUCAUACUUGCCUCCAACACCAAGACCCCCAGAAAACGAAGACGGGGCAUCAUCAUCAGAUGAAAAUCUGGAAUCUAAGAGGAUUUGGCUGUGGCAGCAAUGGACGUACCGUAUUAACGCAGCUAUCAAGAAAAUAGUCUACUUCUGCAAAUCCCUUCCAGGUUUCUUCGAUCAGCAUAAGGAUGACCAGAUGCGUCUAAUCAAAUAUGGUUUAUUUGAGGUAUGGUUGGUGGGAGCAGCUAGCCAAGUCACAGAAUUUAGACUUCUCUUCAUUGAUGGAGCAUUCAUUAGUGAACAACAGAUGGCGAUUGUAUUCGGUGCUGAAUUUGCAACACUCUUCUACCAUUUUGCGAACACUCUGAAUACAUUGUCUCUGAAUGAUACUGAGAUUGGUCUCCUCGCAGGCAUUGUUCUUUUCUCACAGCGCAGAGAUCUGGACGGUCCUGAAAUUGUGGAAGCUUCCAGGGAACUGCUAUUGAAGGCUUUGAGACUAUUGUUAUCAAUAAGACACCCUGAUGAACCAGAAAUAGAGACUACCUUGAUGCAGAAGAUAUCAGAGUUAGAGGUUCUAGGAGUCAAGUAUCACUCACAAUUGGAGUGGUACCGCAACAAUUGGCACAGGAUCACAAUUCCAGCCCUUUUCUCAGAAGUCUUCGACAUUCCCCAUGUACAACUGCUAGAAGAAACUCCUGAUCAUUAGCCCAAAUACGGGUUUCAAAUAUGGGGCAAGAUUCUAAUGGUUUUGCUCAAUGACAAGCCACGAUAUAAUCAUCUCGAUGCAGUAGAAAUUAAUGAUUAUCAAUGAACGAGGGUCCCUGCCAUGCCCUUUAACAUAUCUAGACUGAUGAAGAUUUUACACUGAUCUCUGUUGACCAACAUUUUCUUACUCAUUGUUUUACAAUUUGCUUAUUUUAUUCCGUAUAUAAUUAGUACAGGAUGAGCUGGAGAGUAAAUUUAACAUGCUUGAACAAAUAGUCAUUCCACAUUUGUAAGUAUGAAAUACAAUUCGCUUCUGAGCAACUCCUCUCAAACUGUGUUCACUUUGUUAAGUAGGAUUGCAUUUUUACUUACAUGUUGAAUAUGACAUGCAAAAAUAAAACUUUGCAUUGCUCACCAGACAUUGUGGUGACAUAUUACACAGGGGCUGAGCAAAUACUUGAUCUGAAGAUUUAAAUGUUAAGUCUAAAUGGCAUGCUAGGAUAUAUUUGUUGUAUUCUGUUCUUUCUAUGUAAAAUCUUAGAUCACAUGUUUUUCUUAAGUUCAAUAGGUUAUAAGUGUCGUUAGUGCAGGAAAUGUACUAGUGUUUGUUCUAGCCUACAGAUUUUACAUGUGACAUUAUUUUAAAACCUUUUAAUUUAUCAAUGUUUUACAAUAUUCUUCUAGUGUUGUAAAGAAUUUAGAGCCUUACAUUUUAAUGAUUUAAUUUAUGGAAAUAAGUUCUCAUUGCAACUGUAAUAAAACAUGAUUGACACUGUUAA